AACACCUCAUUUGCUAUUAUGACGCAAAUUUAAUAUUGAACUCGAAACGUUUAGGUUGGGUCAGUUUGCCCAACACCCGAGUUAUUUGUUUUAUUAGCGUGCAGGCGAUCUUGACUUUUAUUUGUCUUCCUUGCAUAUUGGCGCACGUGAAUCGCGCUUUCUUGUUAUUCGGCGCAAACAUUUAUUAUAAAUUUGUAUCAAACGGUGACGUUGAAAAUAUGUGAUGCCGAUUGAGUUUUUGUUGCUAUAAUAGUAUGUGGUACUGUUUAAUUCGUUGAUCAGAAUUGGCCACUACUCUAUAGUUUGCAUCUUGUUGCUUAAUUCUGCGCUAUAUUUGUUCUUUGUCCACUCACAUAUCCACCACAACUGGAUGCUGUGCUAUAGUAAACAUCUGUAACUGGUUUCUGAAGAUAUUGCAUUAAUUACGGUAUCUGAGAGUUGCACAGUGCAUGGUUAUCAGGAUGUAUUCGAUUCUACUAAUUUUGAUGGACAUUUUCGACACUGGAUCGCGUGAUCAAAUAUGAACUUCAUUGCUUUAUUGUAACUUGUCUUUUCGGAAACACCGAGUUUUAAUCUGUCCAUGUUGAUAUUGUACGGAAGAUGACAUUUCCUUGAACCGGAAGCUGGAAAACCAUUCGAAACAUUGUUAAGAUUAUUCUCACGCUUAUUCGUGUUGCCUUCUAUUCGCGUAGUCGCAACAUUAUACUGCUUGCUGCAAUGGAUACGUCUCCAGAUGUGACGCACUGGACGUUUCAAGGUUUACCAUGUCGGCAACGCAUGUUUUGCUUAAACGGAGGAUCAUGUACAUAUUUUCCUCGGCUAAAUAUUCAAGCGUGCAACUGUUCUGUUGGAUUUGAAGGAUCGCGUUGCGAAUUUGUAACGAAUCUCCUUAGCGAAAGUACAAGUGAAUCUCGAACAAAUAAUGUGUGUUCAUAUGAAUCCUUUUUGGCCAACGAUACAGGAUUCCGCAUUUUCCUUAUAUUUACCAACAUUAUAAUCAUUAUCUUGUUGUGCCUCCUCACGGCCUUCGUCUGUAGACUGCGUAACGGGCUCGAAAGACCAAGUACGAGCGACGACGCGCCAGCAGCGAGGGCAUUGUGUGAUCUGAAAGUGCCAAACGAGGCGGGAAUCCGUUGUAAUGCUGCUGGCCAUCCGCGAAAACCCACCUAUGUGGAGCGCGUUAUGUCCGUUUUGGGGAUAAAAUCCGGCGAUCCUCGAGAAGAUUAUCAUGCGCUGUCAUCGACAGCACGGACAUCAUUCGAUUCUGGUAACGGUGUAUCGACUUAUGAAGAGUCGGUGCCGAUCAGCCAGCCGGCUUCAAAAUGGGCCAUUGUGCGAAAGAAAUUUAUAGAGCCGGACGAGGUCGAUACCGAAAAUGAAAUGGCGGAUUGACCACUUUAUUAGCUAGGCAUGCUUCGUCAAUGGCUUGUUUUCGUUGAGCAAUGCUAGCACUGAAUACUAAUCUUCAAGUAUUUUUUAUAAUUAGAACGCUAACUGCAGAUUGCAGGUAAAUAAUUUCCUUUGCAAACAAGUUACUAUUAGAGAAUACCAAAUACGGAAGGAGACGGUUUUUUCGAUAGUCGGUUUGCAUGUGCAAUUUGCUGUCUUUGAGUCUCACGAUCAUUGCCAUUUUGAAAUUAGGCAAACAAUGUUUUUUCCUGCGUUAGUAAAAAUGAUAACCGAUUUCGACCGAGUCAGCGUUUAAGACUGGGAAAACGAGUUUUGCGCAGUUUUGCGGCCUUAAUUAGUUGUGCCGCAACGUUCUGAAAUCUUGGGG